AGUGAAGCAGCUGGGCUUGAGGCAAGCCUUUCCUUGGCCUCAUACUUUCAGGGAGACACGAAAGACACUCUGGAUUCCACUAUGGACAGCCUCCUGAUGAAGCAGAGGAAGUUUCUUUACCAUUUCAAAAACGUCCGCUGGGCUAAGGGUCGCCAUGCGACCUACUUGUGCUAUGUGGUGAAACGGCGAGACAGUGCCACCUCCUUUUCAUUGGACUUUGGUUACCUUCGAAACAAGUCAGGUUGCCACGUGGAAUUGCUCUUCCUUCGCUACAUCUCCGACUGGGACCUGGAUCCUGGCCGGUGCUACCGUGUCACCUGGUUCACCUCUUGGAGUCCCUGCUACGACUGUGCCCGGCACGUGGCUGACUUUCUGAGAGGGAACCCCAAUCUCAGCCUGAGGAUCUUCACCGCGCGCCUCUACUUCUGCGAGGACCGCAAGGCUGAGCCCGAGGGGCUGCGGCGGCUGCACCGCGCUGGGGUCCAAAUCGCCAUCAUGACCUUCAAAGAUUAUUUUUAUUGCUGGAAUACUUUUGUGGAAAAUCAUGAACGAACUUUCAAAGCCUGGGAGGGGCUGCACGAAAAUUCAGUUCGUCUAUCCAGACAGCUUCGACGCAUCCUUUUGCCCCUAUAUGAGGUUGAUGACUUACGAGAUGCAUUUCGUACUUUGGGACUUUGAUACCGACCUUCAAGAAUGUCACUUACAAUGAAAUAUCUCUGAAGAUAGUGGUGAAAGAACGAUCCUUCAAGAAUAGUUUUUUCUUCAGCUCUCAAUUUCUUAAGAGUUUAAAGAAAUAAUAUUCAUAUAUAUGACUUUAAAAAAAAAUGUAUGUCUUGAAAAGAGAGAAGGAACACAGGCCCAGCAGGGUGAUGCUGAACUAGUACAGUUUUUAACGCAACAAUGUCCCCUACUGGGAAAUGACAGAACUGCAGGGUCUGGGAGCAGCGAGAAAGCAGAAGGUAAAUCCUUAAAAGCAAGGUGGGAGGAUCGUGUUUUCAUAAUCUGUGUCCUUUAUUAUUUGACUCAUUCUGAGUUUUCGAUGGUAUCAGUGAUAAAGUUUUCUCUUUCCCUUUGGGGUUCACUUUCAAGUGAACAAACUUCGAUCACCUCAUGAUCUAUGGAAACUCCUAAUGAGAGAAUCUGAAUAAUUUUAACUCCAAACCAUCUCUUCAAAGCAUUACUAUCCAAGCAUGUGCUAUAUGUUUUAAUUAUCUGAGGCAUGUAUUUAUGUUUGUACCUAAGAGCAUUUCUUCUUAAUAUGGAAUAUGCAUGGUCACCUUCAGGCUGCUUUAUAAUAAACAAUGAGGACUGUGAAGAUGACACCUAAAAUGAGCUGGUGUUUCCAGUAACAAAUCUGGAAAUACACAUCCUUUUAAAGUAGUCCAUAGUUUAGAAACCACACUAAAACUUUACAUAUGAUAAUUAAUGAAUGCUUGGAAGGGAGUGGCUUGAAUAUUGAGAAGAGAAAAAUCUGUUCUCUGCUAUGGGUCUUUUUUUUUUUUUUUUUAAGAUUUUAUUGGGGAAGGGGAACAGGACUUUUUUGGGGAACAAUGUGUACU